AGCAGGUGCUUAAGGAAGGAUGGCUUUGCAGCCUGCCCUCGGGGUGGAGAGCUCCCCGGUGGCCUGACAAGGACGGGAGACGCCUGGCCUCCCCCGUUGCAGCACCCAUCUCGCGAGGAACGUGAAUUCGAAAUGGAUGAUUGCCUAGAGACCCUGAAGGAUGAAGAGGAUGCUCUGUGGGAGAAUGUGGAGGGCAAUCGGAAUAUGUUGACCCGCUACAUCAACCCAGCCAAGCUAACCCCUUACCUGCGCCAGUGUAAAGUCAUUGAUGAGCAAGAUGAGGAUGAAGUCCUCAAUUCACCGAUGCUGCUCUCCAAAAUCAACCGAGCUGGUCGACUGCUGGACAUCCUUCAUACGAAAGGAGAAAGGGGCUACGUCGUUUUCUUAGAAAGCCUUGAAUUUUACUACCCAGAACUCUACAAACUAGUAACCGGCAAGGAACCGACACGACGCUUCUCCACGAUUGUUGUAGAAGAAGGCCAUGAAGGACUCACACAUUUCCUGAUGAACGAGAUCAUUAAGCUGCAGCAACAGGUCAAGACAAAGGAUGCUCAGCGUUGCGAGCUCUUGGCGAAAGCCCGUCAGUUGGAAGAUGAAAGGAAGCACCUGAAGCUCAACAAAAUAGAACUUCUGACCUUCCAAGAGAGGUACAACAAAAUGAAAGAUGAGAGGAACAACUACAACGACGAGCUGAUCAAGGUGAAGGAUGAAAACUACAACCUAGCCAUGAGAUAUGCCCAACUGAGUGAAGAGAAGAACAUGGCAGUGAUGAGAAGCCGGGAUUUACAGAUAGAAAUUGACCAGCUGAAACACCGUCUGAAUAAAAUGGAAGAGGAGUGUAAACUGGAGAGAAACCAGUCUUUGAAGCUCAAGAAUGAUAUUGAGAACCGACCAAAGAAGGAACAAGUUCUGGAACUGGAGCGAGAAAAUGAGAUGCUGAGGACCAAGAUUCAGGAGCUACAAUCUAUCAUUCAGGCGGGGGAACGUGGCUUGCCCGAUACAGAUAAAGCCAUUUUGGACAUCCUAGAACAUGACCGUAAAGAGGCUCUAGAAGACCGCCAGGAGUUGGUCAACAAGAUCUUUAAUCUCCAGGAGGAGAUCCGGCAUGCCGAGGACCUCCGUGAUAAGUACCUCGAGGAGAAACAAGAACUGGAGCUAAAAUGCUCAACUCUGGGGAAAGACUGUGAAAUGUACAAGCAUCGGAUGAAUACGGUGAUGAUACAGCUGGAAGAAGUGGAAAAGGAAAGAGACCAGGCCUUCUGUUCCCGGGACGAGGCGCAGACACAGUAUUCCCAGUGCUUGAUUGAGAAGGACAAAUAUCGGAAGCAGAUCCGGGAGUUGGAGGAAAAGAACGACGAACUCCGAAUCGAGGUGGUCCGGAAGGAGGCUUGCAUUGUCAAUCUCGACUGCAAGCUCAGGCGCCUCUCUAAGGACAGCGGCUUCGACCAGAGCUUGCCAAGAAAUCUACCCCUUACUAUGAUUUCUAUGACUCUGGAAACCCAGAGCCCCAAAACUAAUGGGCAGGAGGCUGACGAUUCCUCCACCUCCGAGGAAUCACCUGAAGAUGGCAUAUUCUUCCUCUCGGAUCAGCCUCGUUUCAAACGAAGAGUGAACCUGAAGGGCAUCCAGCUGCCAAGAACGAGAUCUCCUGUCAGUGUGAGCAAGGCGUCAGAGUUUCAAGCGGUUCAAGGGCAUGACGAAGACCGAGGCGACUCGAGCAGCAGCCACGCAGACACCAAUUCUUCUAAUCCCAUUUCCAUCAGCAACUCAGUGGGCAGCUGCAAAGUUGGCAAAAUUCAAACGCUAUGGAAUCGCAACGCCAGCAUCCUGUCAACAACUCCUGAGCCCCCCGGGAAUGAUUCCAUACUCCGACGUUACAAGGAAGAUGCUCCUCCUAGCAGCCUGACCGAAGAAGACAAUGACAGCUUUGGCUGCGAUGUUUUGGAGUUAGAGGAUGACCUUCACGACAGAUACUCUUCGCUGCCUUCCUCGUCGUCUUCCCACCAGUCUGAGGGUCUGGAACUGGAGCAAGUCAACUCCAUUUUUCGGAAAUUCUCUCUGGAGAGGCCGUUCCGUCCCUCUGUGACCUCCGUCGGACGCCUGCACAACACGCCCCUUGCCGUUCAGCAAAUCAUCUUGAACGGAGACAGCCUGAGUUCGGAGAUUGCCCUGCUUGGGGGAAACGCCAAUGGGACCUUUGUCCACUCUGUCAAACGGAAUUGCCCAGCCGAGAAAGCAGGCCUUCGCGAGGGACAUCAGCUACUUAUGGUAGAAGGAUGCAUCCAAGGAGAAAAUACCAGUGUUCCCCUGGACGCCUGCACGAAAGAAGAAGCUCACUGGAUAAUUCAGAGAUGUACCGGACCAGUGACUCUGCACUGUAAAUUAAACCAGGAGGGGUAUAGGAGGCUGCUGUCUGAAAUUGAAAAAGGAAUUAUCACGUCCGGAGACUCUUUCUACAUCCGCCUGAAUCUGAGCAUCUCCAGUCUGUUGGACUGCUGCUCCCUGUCAGUGAAAUGCGACGAGAUUGUGCACGUUCUUGACACCAUGUACCAGGGGAAGUGCGAGUGGCUUUGUGCUAGAGUGGACCCUUUCACUGGCAAGGACGUGGAGAUGGGUACCAUCCCCAACUCAAGCAGAGCCCAACAGCUCCUCCUGGUGAAGCUGCAGCGGCUGAUGAAUCGAGGCACUAGGGAUGAAAUGGAGAGUUCCUACGGUACACUCCGAACAUCCCGGAAUACUCUGCAGCCUGAAGAGAGCACGCCACCAAGUGACUCCAAAGCUAGCCCUCGUCUCUCCCGAGCCAGUUUCCUUUUGGGCCAGAUCCUCCAGUUUGUCAGCAGGUCUGAAAACAAGUACAAGCGCAUGAACAGCAACGAGCGGGUCCGCAUCGUCACAUCGAAAGAUACCCAUGGCAAGACGGAGGUGCAGCCGGUGACAAAGGCACUGCUGGACAGAUUUGAAGAGUUUGACUCACUGCCCGAGAUCCAUAAGAGUUUCGACUUAGUCCCAUAUAGCUCAGUCCGGCGUAUCUCCUGUGAAUGGCGGCGCCCCGUCCUCUUCUGCCCCACGAUGCUCUCCAAGACGUUGAUUCAGAAACUUCUCAACUCUGGAGGAGCCCUGGAAUUCAAUUUAUGCAAACCAGAUAUCAUAACAAAGGAAGAAUUCGCGAGGAGGCGCCUGACAGAGACAAUCAUAUACUCCAGAGAAAGGAAUCCACACACCUACGAAUGUAUUUUCCCUGCAAACGUUGAGGCGGUCUCAGCCAAGAACAAACACUGCCUGCUUGAAGUUGGAAUCGGCUGUGCAAAGGAUUUAAUCAAGGCCAAGAUAUACCCUAUUGUUCUCUUUAUUAGAGUUUCAGAAAAGAAUAUCAAGAGGUUCAGGAAACUGCUGCCGAAACCAGAGAUCGAGGAUGAGUUAUUACCGAUGUGUCGCCAGAGUGAGAAAGAACUCGAAAGUUUGCCCUGCCUUUACGCUUCCAUGGGUGUGGACACCUGGAGCACCGUUGAGGACCUGCUCCGGAUGAUCAAGGAAAAGGUUUGGGAAGAACAACAGAAAAUGAUUUGGAUUGAGGAGGACCGGUUAUGAAACACAAAUCUCAUUGGCGUGGCAUGGAUGCUGUUUGGUAAACUAACAAAGCUGUGCUCGGGAUUUUUGGAAAUCCCGAAUGUAGAGCACACCAUCCUUCUUCCGUCUUCUUCCAACUGGGAGAAGAUUGAGAGUAAGAGAAAACAAAACACAUGCGACGGUUCAGCGUUGAGUACCCCAGAUGGUCCUUUUGGCUGUUCUUGCCAAAUACGUUUGCAUCUGUACCACAGGCAUCCAUCCGUUUUGGAGCAACAGCCAUUGCUAGCCAGGACCAUCAAAGAGAUAUCUGAAAAAUAAACCUGUUAUUGGGGUUCUCAAAAUAGGAGGUGAAAAGUCACAUCCCUACUACCAUCACGUUCACUCAGGAAGACACAGACUCCCUGCAAUUGGGGGCCAAACUAUCCAAGAUGUCAGCUUUGCAAUUAGGAGGUGAAGAAACAUUAUUUCUCCGUGGAUGAAUUCCUUCAAGGUUGCCUUGCCAAAAACUGAACAGGCAAAGGAGGUCCAUCAAGAGGACUGAUCAUGGUGCAGAGGCAAGGGAACGUGCCAGUUGCAGAGCUACAGAAGCCCUGUAAUAGAAUAAGUGAAUGUCUUUCUACUCUCAAGAUGCUCCACUUCUACAUUAUAACUGUAUCGUAUAAUCUAACCUAUAAUCACUCUGUAGAAGUGGAUGGAACUUGAUGGCAAAGGAGGUUACACUGGGACCUGGAAGAAUGUAUUGUACUGGCGAGGUUUCAGCCCAUUCGAUGGGAAACUGAAACUUAGACCCUCUCUUCACUACAAAAUGUAUAUCAGUUGUCAGUUUGUAUGCCAGAUUGUCGAGGCUUCCACCAAAAAGUCUUUUAGAAAUAUGCAAAGAAAUAUCGGUUGGCGAUUCCUACCCCGUAUCCUUUCCCCCCACAAGGCAUUACAACUUUCCAAGUUCCUUCAAGAUUAGGAAUGACUUCUUCAUACCGCUGUGUUGAUCAUUCUGCUGUUCAGAGCUUUCAAGGUGAAGGUCGCCCUCUUUGGAGGCUGGAAAUAUUUCUUGAAAAAAGUAUCUCAGUGUGCAAAGGCACACCUUUCCCCAACCUCUGAGCCUUGUUCAGCAACAUUGAGUGCUUCUAGAAACAAGAGCCACAGAAUCAAAAAGCACUGCCCCACUUUUUUUUUUAUCUUCUUUCUUUCCUUAAUGGAUUUUCCAUAGUAAGGAAGAAUACAAAAGUAUUUGUAUAAGAAUACAGAAGUAAUUGUAUCAAGAAUACAGAAGUAACUGUAUCAAGAAAAUGCAAGCUGACUAGAAAUUGAGGAGGAUAUUGAUUAGAUCCCUCACAAGCUUCAGUGACUUGGGCAUUCUGGUGUUACCCUGCAAGUAUGGUCUCGAGGAGCCCCUGGUUCACUAUGGGUACCCAUGCUGCUGUUCUUGCACUGCUUUCCAAACCAGGAGCAAUCGCUUUCUCCUCUUUGAAUUUGUGGAAGACAAGAUUCCUAAACCAUGAGGGAUCACACCGUGCUCUCCUUCCACCUUCUAGCCCAUCAGCAACAGCCAAUCCUUGCUAAGGACCACAGAGCCUGCAGGCCAUUCAGAUGGAAAGUUGCACGAUGUCUCCCUGGAAUGGGAGAUGGCGUUUCAGCACUCCAGAAAACAUUCAUUGAAAAAUGUGAUGUCAUUUUGCCUGAACCCACUGAUCAAAUUGGCUCACCCCUGCAGAGUAGAGGUGCCCUCUUCACAACUUCGGCUCUUUGCAGGCCACGACUGCCUGGCACGUCCCUGUGCCCAUGCACCUCAGUGGGGCAUGUAUGGGACUAAAAUAAAUCGAGGUUGUACAGCUGGACGUGGCAGAUUGUGCCCUAUGUCUGCGGCAGCCGUGCAACCUGCAUUUGUAUCCAACCCUUUGAAGGAUACAGAUUGCCGGAGGCUCUAGAGCUGGCAGAUAGAACUAUUCCCCCACUUUAAAAUAUUAAAUUCAGCGGUGAGGUUUCCCCAUGUGCCCCUAACAAACUGCCUUGUCACUUGACAUAUUUUCUUCUAUAAAAACAUUUAUGAGCACAUAAAAAUAACAGGCUUCCUCUGGUU